AUAUUAAAUAUGCAAUAUUCAAACACUUACGAGUCAGUUGUCAAGACUUAAGUAAUCAGUGGAUAAGACCAAAAACCUUUAAAUUUGGGAUUGACUGAUGUGGAAGGAGCCAAGGUUAAUUUGUUAAUUAUGAAAAUAGGCUGUAGCAAGAAGAUUGUUUGAUACAUAUGAUAGAGAUAGAAAUGGAUAAAUUGAUAAUGUUGAAGUUGUUCCUAUGAUUGUGGAUGUUUACAAAUCAUUCAAUCGUAUUUUCUCACCUGCUAGAGGAGAUAUUGAUUCGUUUUACAAGUUGAAAAUAGUUGAUAUAUUUAUAUAGAGUUUUGGAUAGAAACCAAGAUGGCAAGAUAACCUACUAAGAUCUUGAGGAUCUAUGUAUCAGAUACUUAACUAACUAAACACCAACUAAUUUAAGAGCUUCUGAAGCCCCUCGUUAGAGUGGUCUCCAAUAAACAUCAUAAACAGUCACUUCACAAUACAGAAGAUCCCAAUAUUGAUUGUGAUUAGUAUAUAAAACGAAUUGCCA